CAAAUAUCUUCGCUCUGUUAAGAAUGAGCUUAUCCUCUUCUCAGCUCCAUUUCUUCUUCUUCCACUGCCUUUAGUGAUCGGGACAUCGGGUCAUGUCCAGCGUGGGAACACGAAGUCAAAGGGUUCAGUCUGCGUUGCUACCACUACAUGUGACAUGGAGGCAUGCAUAAAGACGGCAAGCAUGUAAUGAUAGACAUAGACUUCAAUGCAAAGCAGCCAUGAACAUUGGCAAAGAGCAGAUGAGAGUGACAGAGGAUGAGGUCUCAAACUGAUUGAAGACAAAGGAGGCAGAAUGUGCCUAUGUAAUAGCCCUGAUGGCGGUUUACUGGUGCACAGAGGUGCUUCCACUGGCUGUAACAGCUCUGCUCCCAACCCUCCUAUUCCCUGCGUUUGGCAUCAUGAAAUCCAAAGAUGUGUGUAUGCAGUACCUGAAGGACACAAACCUGUUGUUUGUGGGGGGACUGAUGGUUGCAGUAGCCGUGGAGCACUGGAAUCUGCACAAGCGCAUCGCCUUGAGAGUGCUGCUCUUUGUUGGUGUGCGUCCAGCACUUUUGAUGUUGGGUUUCAUGGGUGUGACAGCCUUCUUGUCCAUGUGGAUCAGUAACACGGCCACUACAGCCAUGAUGGUGCCUAUUGUCCAAGCAGUGCUGCAGCAGCUCAAUGACAGUGAGGCAGAGAUACCUCAGAUCCUCAGCUCAGAGGAGCAGCUCCAGACAUCAGAACCUGACAGCAAACAGCUUCCACAGACAGAGAAAAAGAGUGAAGGCCCACUGGUGGUGAAUUUCUUGGAUGCCACAGUGGAAGCUGCCAUGCAUAAGGAUGCAGCAGAAAAGCGGAGAAUGUGUAAAGGGAUGACCCUGUGUGUUUGUUACGCUGCCAGCAUCGGAGGCACCGCCACGCUGACGGGAACCGGUCCCAAUCUGGUGCUCAAGGGCCAGAUGAACCAACUUUUUCCUCAAAAUGGAGAUGUGAUUAACUUUGCCUCCUGGUUCGGCUUUGCCUUCCCUAACAUGAUCCUCAUGCUCACACUGGCCUGGCUUUGGCUGCAGUUUGUCUUCAUGGGAUUCAACUUUAAGAAGACGUGGGGCUGUGGUGCUGUGAAGACAGAGAAGGAGAUUGCUGCCUAUAAUGUGAUCCGUGAGGAGCAUCGCCGGCUGGGGUCCAUGUCCUUUGGAGAGAUAAGUGUCCUAGGUCUCUUCAUUCUGCUGGUGGUGAUGUGGUUCACAAGGGACCCAGGCUUUGUUGGCGGCUGGGCGACAGAUAUCUUCAACUCCAAAGCAGAGUAUGUGACAGAUGCCACAGUGGCAAUCUUCAUAGCCGUCCUUCUCUUUGUUCUGCCCUCUAAACCCCCACAAUUCUGCUCCUGGAGAACUCAAAGUUUUGACACAGCACUCCAUCAGAUUGCUGGCCCAACUUCACCUCUGCUCACCUGGAAAGUUGCCCAAAAGAAGUUACCAUGGGGCAUUGUGCUUCUUCUUGGCGGAGGUUUUGCUCUUGCCAAGGGCAGUGAAGAAUCAGGACUCUCAAAGUGGAUGGGAGAUCAAAUGACACCCCUGCAAAACAUCCCUCCCUGGGCAAUUGCUAUCAUCUUAUGCCUGCUGAUUGCUACCUUCACAGAGUGCACCAGUAAUGUGGCCACUGCAACGCUCUUCCUACCUGUCUUAGCCUCAAUGUCUCAGUCCAUUGGAAUCAAUCCACUGUACGUCAUGGUGCCUUGUACUCUGAGUGCCUCUUUUGCCUUCAUGCUGCCUGUUGCUACGCCUCCAAACGCUAUAGUCUUCUCUUAUGGAUACCUCAAGGUUGCUGACAUGGCCAGGACAGGAAUAGUCAUGAACAUCAUUGGCAUCCUUUGUAUUACACUGGCCAUCAACAGCUGGGGCAAGGCCAUGUUUGACCUGGACUCCUUCCCCGCCUGGGCCAACGUCACUGGGGUGUGAGCCUGUUUCUGCCAUAGAAGAUGAUCCACGCGCACCCUGCCCUCCGUAUCCACAGGUGCUAGACACAGACCUCUGGUCAGAGCGACAGCACAUGACCACACGGUGGACCGCAUGCAUCUGAUUGCUGUUAGAAUACAACGCCCUCAAGGCUUGUUUUCUUUGACACCUGAGUCUUGCUUGUGAAAGAAAGUGGUGGUGAAUAUGAUUGGGAAUGAAAGAAGAGUGGUUGAAGAAUCAAUUAAAAACUUUUUUUCAUUUACGUUGUAUCAAAAUGAAGUUACACUUUAAAGCAAGACCCCUUACGCUCACACACAUCACAUAAAUCCUACUGUCAGUAUUUAUAUUCUCACAUAGAGAGAUUUUAUAAUCCUUCUAAGCAGCCAAUUCUAGAAACACUAUUCAAUUCUCUUUUAUCACAAGAAAUCAAAGGAAGGGCUAUUCAUAAGGUGAAAGUUAUUAGAAAUGUUUUACAUAGUCACUUGUAGCCACAUCUAAAUAGCAAUAAACCGUAUGGUAUAAUAUAAGAACGUAACUUUGCACAUAUACGCUAAAACUGCACUUAAGUACAAUUUUGAAGUACUUUAUUUCAGGAUUUACAUUUUUUGCCGCUUCUGCUUUUACUUUACUACAUUUCUGAGGGAAUUAUUGUCCUUUUUACUCUACUAAAUUUAUCUUACAGCUUUAGCCCACUAGUACCUUUCAAUAUUAAGAUAAUAUGAAAUAGAUUAAAGUACAUACAAAUGAGCCCCAUCUCAACCAGAUACAACAUUAAAAUGUAAUUUACGUGUCGAUAGAUUAGUAAUAAUAAUCCAAUAACAUUACAUCUACUAUAACACUGACAAGAGCAAUCCAGCUGCCUAAUGAGUACUUUGACAAUUGAUACAUUUUGGGUCAAAAUCUUUACUUUUCCUUAAGUAAAAUAUUGAAUGCAAGACUGAUCGACUAUUUUUACAUUUUUACAUUCUACUAGUACUAGUACUCACAAAAAAAAAGUCUUCCACUACUGCUAUCAAGCAGUGAAUGUUUUGCAAGCACAUCUCUCUAAAUAGAUAAUAGGUAACAAGAGCUGUUGGUUAGGUUUGCCAUUUUGGUAUUUAUAGAUAAUGGGCUAAUUUGUACAGUAUAGCAGAGACUUCACAAUAAGUAAACAUGUACUUUUGACCAUCAGGAUGUAUGGUGUUUUGUCAUGGUUCCAGCAUCAGCUGAACUUUGAAAUGUGUCAUCACUACAACACAACGGAACCUAUAUGUGCCUUGUACAAACACACUGACCUAUUGUACUGUAAACACAUUUUCAAUAUUUUGAUCGAUACAGUAUGUUCUGGCAUUGUGAAAUGUCUAACUGCAAUAAUGAAUUCUGUCUUAAUUGUAAUAAAGUGUUUUUUACG